UUUUCUUUUUUUCCUUUUGGGUUAUGAUAUAAAAAAAAAGGAAAGCAAAGUUUUGUGAGAGAAUCCAUAGUUCUCUUCUCUGAAUUGUUUAAAUCUAUGUCCAAGUAGCUGGAAUCUAGGGUUUAGAUUCGCUCUCGCAGGUGAUUUCAUCGUUGCUGAGAGUUCUUCGAGCUUUGUUCUUUUUUUUUCUCCCAAGAUAACAAUGGAGUUGGAUGACGUUAGUAUCGAGGAAUCUAUAAUAAUGAGUGGUUCGUGGACAGUUAGGAAGAAGAGGAGUAUGAAACCGUUUAAGUCUAGAGGUCUUUUUAGCGGUAGUAGGAGUAGUGGUAAGGAAAAGGUAGCAGUAGAAGAAGAAGAGAGCGGGAGGAGAUUGAGAGUGUAUAGCAGGAAAGGGAAGCAUUCUAGAGGUGGUGAUGGUGGUGGUUCAGCGGUUAGAAGGAGAAAGACAUCUAAAGUAGAAGAGCAAUGUUCUGAAGAUGAUGAUCAUGAUGAUGAUUGCAGAUUAGGUGAGUGGAUGCGAAGGAGAAGCGUGAAACGCAAAGAAGUUAGGCCUAAGGUAGAGUCAGGGGAACGUUCUGAAGAUGAUGAUUGUACAAUUAGUAAAAGGCGAUCUGUAGUCAGUAGAAAAAAGAGAGACAGACGCCAAGUGGAGAUUGAAGAAGAUGAGGAAUGGGAAGAAGAAGUUCUACUGUGUGUGAAGAUCAGGAAAACAUCAUCACGAAGGAGGACUCGUAAUUUAGUUUCUAACAGUACUGAAAACGUUGCUGAUGUUAGUACUUCCAGUUCGCGUUCGCCAGCUUCUGAUGUAUCAGAUCCCCUUCUCAAAAACGGGAUAUCUAUUGACUGCACAAGCGUAAGACAGGAAUCGAAGUCAGGCCCAAUUUGCCAUCAGUGCUUGAAAGGGGAAAGGAUAACUCUUCUCAUUUGCAGUGAAUGUGAAGUGACGAUGUACUGUCUUCAAUGUAUAAGGAAAUGGUAUCCAAAUCUGUCUGAGGAUAAUGUCGUUGAGAAAUGUCCUUUCUGCCGUAACAAUUGUAAUUGCAGCAAAUGCUUGCAUUUGAAUGGUUCAAUUGUGACACCCAAGAGGGAACUCUCGAACUCUGAAAGACGCCAUCAUCUUCAGUACUUGAUUACCUUGAUGCUUCCGUUUCUGAAUAAGUUAUCCAAAUUCCAGAACCAAGAGAUUGAAAUUGAGGCAACGGUUCAAGGAUUACUGCCUUCUGAAGUAGAAAUAACUAAGGCAAUAAGCUACACUGAUGAACGCGUAUACUGUGAUCAUUGUGCAACUUCGAUUGUUGACUUGCACCGGAGCUGCCCAAAGUGCUCUUUUGAACUUUGUUUGAAGUGCUGUCAAGAGAUUCGUGAAGGAUCACUUUCUGAACGCCCUGAAAUGAAGGUAGACUAUGCUGAUAAAGGAUACCAAUAUAUGCAUGGUUUAGAUGCUGCAGUACCGAGCUCCUCUUCCACUUCUGUAGAGGAAGAAGCUAGCCCAUCCAACACCAAGUGGAGCCUUGGUGAUAAUGGAAGCAUCACUUGUCCACCAAACAAGCUAGGUGGUUGUGGUGAUUGUAUAUUAGAGCUUACGAGGAUCCUACCACAGACGUGGAUGUCAGACUUGGAGCACAAAGCAGAGACUUUCUUGGCAUCAUACAAUAUUAGCCCUAGAAUGUUGAUCUGUGAGUGUUCUCCUUUGGAUACUGAGAUGACAAGGAAAGCAGCUUCAAGGACAAAAUCAAGUGACAACUACCUUUUCUGUCCUAAAUCUCUUGAUGUCUUGAAGGAAGAAGAGCUUCUACAUUUUCAAGAGCAUUGGGCAAAAGGUGAACCAGUAAUUGUUAGGGACGCUCUUGAUAACACACCUGGUUUAAGCUGGGAGCCAAUGGUUAUGUGGCGGGCGUUAUGCGAAAACGUGAAUUCACCAGCAAGUUCUAAGAUGUCCCGAGUCAAAGCAAUUGAUUGUUUGGCUAAUUGUGAGGUGGAGAUCAAUACACGUCACUUCUUUGAUGGUUAUAGUAGAGGAAGAACAUAUGAAAACUACUGGCCUGAGAUGUUGAAGCUAAAGGACUGGCCUCCUUCUGACAAGUUUGAAGAUCUUUUACCUCGUCACUGUGACGAGUUCAUAUCCGCAUUACCUUUCCAAGAAUAUAGCGAUCCUAGAACCGGGAUUCUUAACAUCGCAGCAAAGCUUCCGGAAGGACUUAUCAAACCAGAUUUGGGGCCAAAAACUUACAUUGCCUAUGGGAUUCCUGAUGAGCUCGGUAGAGGGGAUUCAGUGACUAAGCUUCACUGUGAUAUGUCAGACGCGGUGAAUAUAUUGACGCAAACUGCUGAAGUAACCCUAAGUCAAGAACAGAUAUCCGCAGUCAAAGUUCUGAAACAGAAACACAAGGAACAAGACAAGUUUGAAGAACAGAGCACUAGAGACUGUAGCGAAAUGGAAGAAGAAUUGAACUUGCCAGAGAUUCUGAGCAGUGAAAAUGAAGAAACUGGCAGUGCUCUUUGGGACAUAUUUAGGAGAGAAGAUGUUCCUAAGUUAGAAGAUUAUCUAAGAAAGCAUUGCAAAGAAUUUAGACACACUUAUUGUUGUCCAGUUACAAAGGUUUAUCAUCCGAUACAUGACCAGACAUGCUAUUUAACCGUAGAGCACAAAAGAAAACUCAAGGCGGAAUUUGGGAUCGAGCCAUGGACAUUUGUGCAAAAGCUAGGUGAAGCGGUAUUUAUUCCUGCGGGUUGUCCGCAUCAAGUUCGGAAUCUGAAGUCGUGUACAAAAGUUGCAGUUGACUUUGUGUCACCAGAGAACAUCCAUGAGUGUCUGCGUCUGACUGAAGAGUUUCGCCAACUUCCCAAGAACCACAAGGCCAGAGAGGACAAACUUGAGAUAAAGAAGAUGGUUAUCUAUGCAAUCGAGCAAGCUCUCAAAGAACUUGAAACAUUACCUGAAGAGACCCGACCGAUGCUCCACUAGUUGAAGACUGCUGUUUGUAAAUGUCCUGUGACCUAAAUAGCUAGCUAGCUAUAGCUAUAUCAGCUCCUUUGUUGUUGUGCAUUAAGCUGCGUACAAUUCUCAGGGUUCCGUAUAGAUGAUAGAAUAAAAAGCCAUGGAGACCUGUCAACUGAAGAUCUGCAUUUGGCAAUUCUCUGUGAUCAGAUUAGCAAAGAGACUUUGUUUGUCAUUAUAUAUGGUUAUCUAUAUACAGGAGAGGAGGUAUAGGCUUUGCUUUAAAAGAACAAUUAUAUUGUAUUUGCGACUAAUACUUUUAUAUUUUUAAUUUUAAACUUGUAACAUUCACAUAAUUUGUUUU